AUGACUUCUGCAGCUCCUUCACUGGAGCCAGCACCUAAGAAUCAGAUCCCCGAAGUUGACGAUCAAGGUUUGAAACAAGUGAUUAAGGGCCCAUUUGACACAUCCAUCAGAAGUCCCAAGAUACUAACAGGGAAAGCUGAUCAAGAUCUGGUCUCGCAAGUUUUCUUCAAGAAAAUGAAGGAAACUGAAUUAUUUGCCGACAUGAAAUUGGACUCGCCCAUGUCCAACAGCAGCAGCAGCAGCAGCAGCAGACACGCCGCUAAGGGGAUAAAGCCUCAAAAUGACGCAGGUGCUUUUCAAUUUGAGGAGAAAGCAGAGGCCUAUAAAGCUGCUGGUGAGGCUCUGGAAACAUCCAAGAUUUCCUCACCAAGACAGAAAAUUGAUCCAGAAGGAAAAAUGAUCAAGAAAAAUAGCAACAACAUGGAUGACGCUGACAAUCAAAAAGAGGUUAAGUGGGAAGAGGAUCAUGGUGGGUUGAAUAUACUGAAGUGGAGCUUAACCGGAAUAGGUGCUAUUUGUUAUUUUGGUGUUGCCAUAGUUUGCAUCCUUGUAUUCGGAGGUGUCCGAAAGAAUGAGCAGCAACAACAACAACAACAGAAGCUUCAAUUCCACAUUUACACGGAUGACAAGUGUGUUUUCCAGUUUUACCCUUGA